AAACUGAUGGAGGCGAGAAUCGACACCAUUCCCUGAAACCCAUGAAUCUGACAGCCUUCGGACCCGAACGGCCAGUAUCUGCCAGAGAGCGAGCAGAAGCUGGAGAGACACAGAGAUGCUGCAGGAAUAACAGACUCAGGAUCACAGCGAGAGAGAACAGGAGGCACAGAAGAUGUUUUGGGGUUUAGCGCUGGCGCUGUGUUUUCUCCCCUCGAUCUGCGGAUCCUGUCCUGCUCAGUGCAGCUGCUUCUACCACAAACUGAGCGACGGCUCCAAGUCAAGGAGUGUCCUGUGUAAUGGCCCUGACCUCACUGUCAUCCCAAACAACUUUCCCUCGGACACCUCCAAACUCCGCAUCGAGAAGACGUCCAUCAGCCGUGUGUCCAGCGAUACCUUUCUUUACCUCAUUAACCUGGAGUACCUCUGGAUAUCCUUCAACUCGCUCUCCUCCCUCAGCGCCGACAGCUUCCGAGGACUCUAUGCCUUGGAUGAACUACGGAUGGAUGGGAAUGUUCUCACUUCAUUUCCAUGGGAAUGUUUGACGGACAUGCCCAGCCUUCGGCUUCUGGAUUUGCACAACAAUAAAAUCAGCAGCAUCCCAGCUGAGGCAACCAUUUACAUCAAAAACUUGACCUAUCUGGAUCUGUCCAGCAACAGUCUUGGUACCGUCCCCGCCGAGGUUCUGACUUCAUGGUUCUCUCUGAAACCUCCUCCAGAUACAGAGAACUCCAAAAUGAUACUGGGUCUUCACGACAACCCCUGGCAGUGUGACUGUCGUCUGUUUGAUAUGGUGCAGUUCCAGAAGUUUCCUUCAUCCUCGGUGGCGUUGAUCGAUACAGGCCUGCGCUGUGCCGAGCCGGAGAGCCUGUCAGGAGUCCUCUUCUCGGACGCUGAGCUCCGCAAGUGCCAGGUUCCCCGCGUGCACACGGCCGUCGCCAGGGUCCGCAGCUCCAUCGGGAACAACGUGCUUCUGCGCUGCGGGACCAUCGGAGUGCCCAUCCCGGAGCUGGCCUGGUCCCGGGCCGACGCCAAGCCCAUGAACGGCACCGUUCAACAGGAAGUCUCUAAAGAGGGCAUCAUCUGGUCCAUUCUCAGCGUUCCUGCUGUUUCCUAUCUAGAUUCAGGGAAAUAUGUUUGCAGAGCCACGAACUUUGUCGGGAGUGCCGAUGCCAUCAUCUCACUCGUCAUUUCUGAUACAUGGCAAAUCGACGAAGCGGUCGCCAAAAGAAGCCAUGGAAAGAAGAACGGUGGAUUUGGUCGUGCGGCGUAUCAAGAGAAACUCGUGGCCAGAUACGUGCCUCCUGCCACAUCAGCCGCCGUGCCCAUUAUUGAGCCCCUAAACGGACCGAAAAACACACAAUCCAUCCGGGUCGAAAGCUACAGCGUUUCUGAUGAUGCUCCCAAAGCGAACGCCACGGCGGCACCGGCAGCCAGCACAGAAACCGACAGCGCCGAGGAGCUUCAGAAAGACGUGUUGAGGAACCUUGAGGCCAAUGCUUCUUCUCUACAGCAGGUCCCUGAGCGCCGAGUCGUUCGGUCGGUCAAAGUGAUCGGCGACACCGACCACACCGUAUCCCUGAACUGGCGAGCACCCACGGCCACCAACACCACGUCCUUCAGCGUUCUGUACGCCGUCUUCGGUGAGCGAGAUAUGCGGCGCAUUAAUGUCGGACCCGGCAAGAAUCGCAUCACGAUCGAAGGCCUCGUGCCCAAAACCAAGUACAUAGCGUGUGUAUGUGUGAAAGGCCUCAUCCCUAAGAAAGAGCAGUGUGUGAUUUUCUCCACGGACGAGGCGGCCAGUGCCAGCGGCACACAGAAGCUCAUUAACGUGGUGGUGAUCACAGUCGCCUGCGUCAUCGCGGUUCCUCUGACCCUGAUCGUGUGCUGCGGGGCGCUGAAGAAGAGGCUGCAGAAACUGCUGGGACGCAAGGCCAAAGACAUUCAGGAUUCCUAUGUGACGUUUGAGACUCUGUCUCCGGGCACCAAAGCUAAAGGCCUGGAGGGGGAAUACCUCAGCAGACUGAACCCAGACGAGUCCAACCGCCUGCUGUCGGCCCGCUCCAGCCUCGACUCGGCAGCCACGGCCCGGACCGAGGGACAGCCCAACGAGUACUUCUGCUGAUCCAGACCCACGGCCCAGACCGAGGGACAGCCCAACGAGUACUUCUGUUGAUCCAGACCCAUGGCCCGGGCCGAGGGACAGCCCAACGAGUACUUCUGCUGAUCCAGACCCACGGCCCAGACCGAGGGACAGCCCAACGAGUACUUCUGUUGAUCCAGACCCAUGGCCCGGGCCGAGGGACAGCCCAACGAGUACUUCUGUUGAUCCAAACCCACGGCCCGGACCAAGGGACAGCCCAACGAGUACUUCUGUUGAUCCAGACCCACGGCCCGGGCCGAGGAACAGUCCAACGAGUACUUCUGUUGAUCCAGACCCACGGCCCGGACCAAGGGACAGCCCAACGAGUACUUCUGUUGAUCCAGACCCAUGGCCCGGACCGAGGAACAGUCCAACGAGUACUUCUGUUGAUCCAGACCCAUGGCCCGGGCCGAGGAACAGCCCAACGAGUACUUCUGUUGAUCCAGACCCAUGGCCCGGGCCGAGGAACAGUCCAACGAGUACUUCUGUUGAUCCAGACCCAUGGCCCGGACCAAGGGACAGCCCAACGUGUACUUCUGUUGAUCCAAACCCACGGCCCGGGCCGAGGGACAGCCCAACGAGUACUUCUGUUGAUCCAGACCCAUGGCCCGGGCCGAGGGACAGCCCAACGGGUACUUCUGUUGAUCCAAACCCACGGCCCGGACCAAGGGACAGCCCAACGAGUACUUCUGUUGAUCCAGACCCAUGGCCCGGGCCGAGGGACAGCCCAACGAGUACUUCUGUUGAUCCAGACCCAUGGCCCGGACCAAGGGACAGCCCAACGAGUACUUCUGUUGAUCCAGACUCAGUUUCAUGUGUUUGAAAGCAUAUUGACCUUCCUCAGCCCCGAAAGGGAACAAACCAGUUUAGAGAAAGUUCACUGUUCAAAAAGGGAAAAUGAAAUAAUGUCUUUGUUUUUUAUUUUUGUCAUGCACUUUUCCAAUGAAAUGUUUAUCAUUGAUGAAUUUAUCAUGCAUAUUGAAUACAGUGAAAUAUCUUUAUACAACACGUAAUACCCAUCUGUCUGAUAGAGAAAGUGAGAGCGUAAGACUUUCUGUUUGGACCGCCAGGAGAGGGUUAGUGACGUACAUGCUUAAACUUUUUCUUUUUACUUGUUUUUCUUUAUACUGUUAUCUUGGGUGAGUGUUUUCCACUUUAACCCUAAAACUGUACUUAUAAUCUGUCAAAUCAGGAAUUUGUUGAUGUCUCUAUGUACUGAAAUAUUUCUGUUUAAGAAAAUGACUGAAUAAAACCAUUUUUUUAAA